AUGCUUCUGAUUACUGCAGCAGCAGCGGCAGCGUCCACUCCACAUCGCGUAGGUAGCGACACCAGCAACCAGCAGAGUGUCGUGGCAAAUGCGGUAGUUUUAGAACGAUGCUCCACACGUUUCUUGCCCGCUGCUGCGUGUGCAUGUCCAGCAGCCCCGGGUCGUUCCAUCUGCAGCUCCCACCUCUCCGGCCUCCGCAGCAUCACCGACGACGGAAUGGGAGCGAACAAGAUGUCCUACAGGGCGGUGGCGGGUGGACGGGCUCAUGGAAAUCGGUUUGACGUGUCACACACUCAAAUAGGAACGGUCGCAGCGUCAGCACAGGCUGCACAGCCGUCACAGCCACCCAUACCAUCGCAUACCUACCAGGCCAUGCCAUACCCACUGCCCGCGCCCGCACCAGCACUAGCACCAGCACCAGCACCAGCACCAGGCUCACCAGCACCAGGCUCACCAGCACCAGCACCAGCACCAGCACCAGCACCCAGCUCGGACCCCGAGAGGUCGCAGGAGCCAGCUCCUUACUGCAGAAAAGCGGCAUGUGCUGAUGUAACGCGCGACAAGACCCUUGGCACCGACCACCUCCUAGUAGGACCAGUACUAGUGACGAUGGGAGGCCAUUGGACCAGUAGCCAGUAG